AGCACUCACACAACUAAGGAGCGUCGGAGCUGUAUUUUGUGUUCUCAUGAUUUCGUCUGAAGCCACCAUAUAAGGAAAAAGAAUAAAUAGGAAAGUAAAGUGCGCCUGAGCAGUAAUCCAGUGUCUCUAUAAGAGGAGCAGACCCACAAGCCGUCCCCGUAUAAAGCCCGACCAACGUCUCCUAUCAGCACCCUGGAUAGCGCUCCAUUGAGACAGCGAGAAAACGCUCAGCAGCGCAAUGUCUGUGUCCUCUAGUGACACUGUGCGCCUGGUGUUCUUUGGAGCUGCCGGGGUCGGCAAGACUGCCCUCAUCCAGCGAUUCCUCAACGACAGUUUCGAGGAGCGCUACCGGCGCACAGUAGAGGAGAUGCACUGCCUGAACCCCGAGCCCGGGGAGCUCCAGUUGCGCAUCCAGAUCCUGGACACCAGCGGCAGCUACUCCUUCCCGGCCAUGCGCAAACUCAGCAUCCAGCAAGGGGACGCCUUUGCCCUGGUCUUCUCUCUGUCCGAGCCGGACUCCUUCCAGCAGGUGGAGAGGCUGAGGAGCGAGAUCAUCCAGGUGAAAGGAGACGCCGAGGUGCCCAUAGUGGUAGUGGCCAACCAGAUGGACUUGUUCCCCGGGUUGGAGGCUGGACAGAUGGUGGAUCUCAGGGCUGCUGCCACCGCAGAGUUGGAAUGGGACUGUGGAUACGUGGAGACCUCGGCUAAGGUCGACUACAGAGUGUGGGACGUGUUCCAGGAGCUGAUGCGAAGGGUGAACUCUCCUGCCUGGCUGAGCCCAGCCCUAGAGAGGCGCAGAGCCAGCGCACAGCCAGAGUCCAACACAAACCAACACCGCAGGAAACCCCAGAGUUGCACUUUAUCCUAAAUGGACCUCCAGUAUCUACACCUGAAGCUCCACUGCUCCACCAGCAGCCCCAUUAGUGUACUUGGUGCCCACUGCUUGGGUGUCCAUUGGGAUUCGAACAAACAUAGAUUGUGCCAGCAGCACUGGUGGAAGGGAGGCAUCCUCUGUGCCAACCUGAUGGCAUUUACUACAAGUCAGGGGUGUAACUAUAGAGGAAGCAGACCCUGCGGCUGCAAGGAGGUCCCGUGAAGCCCGAAUAAAGAGCAAUUUCAACAUAUAUUGGUAAAAAAAAGGACAACCUCUGGAUAUGUUGACGGCCAGGCCAAGGUAUUUUGACACCCUAGGCAAGGGCUUCAAUCAGUGCCCCCACCCGGUCCUGCAUUACCAUUGUCCCCCAUAUGUACCUGUGUAAGCAGCAGCCAAAAAUCUAUCAUAUUGCUCCUAAAUAUGUAUCUGUGCCAAAAAUCCUAUUGCCCCUCAUCAUCUGUUUACCUGUGCAAGCAGAAGCCAAGAUAUUGCCCACAAACAUGUACCUGUGCCAGCAGCUGCCAAGAGGGAGGUGAGGAGUGUGUCUGCCCUCAGUAUCAAUCACAGGCAAGAGGGGGUUUAUAAAAUUGAAAAACUAUUAAAGGACAUGCAUACAAUGGUCAAAAAGAAAAAAUUCCCCUUAAAAGUGUGCCCCCCCCUGGUUGCGCCCUAAGCAGGCGUCUACUCUGCCUACCCCUAAUUCCGGCCCUGGUUGGGGGCCCUAAAAUUAAUUUGCUGUGGGGCCCAGUAACUUCUAGUUAAGUCACUAGUGAAUAGUGGGAUAGUGCCAUGUCUCCUAGUCUCUGCUCACUGGUGGAUGAGAGGUCAUUUUUGCCAAACUGAUGAUUUUUGUGCAUAGCGACAGCAGAGCACCAAGUCUAACAACAAAGACUGUACUGGUGGAUAAGAGAAGCAAUACCUGCUAACCUGAUAUCACUGACUGAGAGUACUGAGUAAGUGCCAAGUCUGCCAGUCACAAAGGCAGGGCCGUCCCUAGGGCUGUGCUUGCUCAAAGGCAUUCUAGGCAUAAGAAAUCGGAAAUAGCUACUCUACGAAGAAAUAGGAGUCUGUUGUUGGGCAGCAAAAUAUUUGCUCAGUGUCAAAAGAACUGAUUAUAUAAUCUGGGUGGGACGCUUUACAUGUUUUUAUACCCCAUAACGUCUGAAAAAGAAAAAUAGACCUUGUAUUUGCCUAAGGUUACUUAUGAAUGUUGUUUAUGAAGCAGAUUGCUUUUGGUUGGUACAGUUGAACAAAUUCCUGGCCCAUUCCUACCUUCAGCCGAACAAACUGCUAAAAUAAAAAAAUGGAGGGUAUCAUUUUAUACAUUUCCACUAGUCUUUUGUAUAAUUUGAAUGUUUUGAAAGGUUUACAUUAGUGGGCACAAUAACUGGCAGGGGUAGAUCAUUGUUCCAAGAAUCUGAACUGUCAUCACUGCACAUUUCUGUAACAUUUUUCUGUGAAUAAAAACAAUGUUUUUGUAA